AUGGCCCGACGGCAGCUGCGGCAGAUGUUUCUGUUCAUGCUGGUCAUGUUCAGCCACACAUGCCUGUUUGUGUCAGAGCCGACCGUCCCCCAAAGGCUUUGGCAGUUGGUGGCUGCCUUGCCACCGCUGAACACGCAGGCUGCCAUGGCAGUUCCGGCAACCGUAGUGGGACAGCAAACCGCACAAGACCUGGCGCUCCCAGAGAAAGUCAUCAACACCAUCUAUGGGUUUCUCGGCGUCAUUGCGACAGCGUUGUUGGGGAACAUCCUGAGCUUCGUCACCAGCCGCGUCAAGGAGAAUAGUGCGACCCAAGCAACAGCAUUGAAGACGGAAGUCACAAUAUUGAAGUCAGAAGUUCAAGAUCUCCGGAAAUCAGUUGAGGGCAUCAAAGAGAAGAUGGUUACCAAAGCCGAUGUCAUGACGAAGACGGAUACGGCUUUUGUCGUUGUGCUGUUCGGCCUUGGGAUGCUACUGAAUUCCGUUUCUGUUACUGUGAAGUCGUGA